UCCUCUCUCUGUUGCUCCAACCGGCGUCUGUUCAUCACUGGUGUCGCUCCGCAUGUAAACCUGGACUUUAUUUCUAUUUUAUUUUAUUUUUUGCGGGAUGCGAACAUGUUCCCAGCCGCCUAGCGAGCGAUGAAUGAGCCGAGCAUCGAGUGGACCAGACCGGCGGUGGUGCUGCUGACAUCGGGCUGCCAGACCCGGCGAGGCGGGCCGGCAUGGGGCCGAGGCUGAGCUGGGGCAGCAAGCCGUCCGCGUCGUGGUUCCUCGGCCCUGCCUUCGCUGUCUGCCUGCUGGCCGCGGCGGUGAGCUGUCACGGCACCUGCAGGCACCAGGCCCCCCCUCCCGACCAGGUCGUCCACCAGGUUCACCUGAAGUCUGAGCGGCUGAGCAAGAGAAGCUCCGACGACCUGCAGCUCAAGAUAAAGAUCAUCUAUGACUCCAGUGUCGACCAGCUUCCUGCAGACAAGAGAAGGCUGGUCAAGGACAAGCUGUUUCCCCAGGCCAUCGAUUACCUGCAGAGAGCCUUCAGUGUGCGUCACAGAGUCGGUCCUGUGCUGCUCAGCAGACAAUGUGCGACCAACCAGUACCUGAGGAAGAGAGAUGACCCUCACCGCUACUGUCAGGGAGCGUGCGCGGAGGUGACGCGCUGCGGCCCCGUCGUCGUGCCACAGCACCACCUGCAGCAAUGUAAGGUGUGCAGCGAGUCGGGGAAGUCGUGUGGCCCCUCGGGGCCCCCGGACGGCCCCGGGGUGCCGGGCUCCGACUUUGUCCUGUAUGUCAGCGGCAUCACCACCGAGCGCUGCGGCCAGGAGAACAUCGUGGCUUACGCCGCCUACUGCCAGCUGGAGGCCGAGCUGGACAGGCCCAUAGCAGGCUAUGCCAACCUGUGCCCGGCCAUGAUCUCGUCGCAGCCUCAGGAGUUUGAGGGGAUGCUCUCCACGGUCAAACACGAGAUCAUCCACGCUCUGGGCUUCUCAGCGGGGCUGUUCGCCUUCUACCACGACGACGAGGGGAAGCCGCUGACCCCUCGCUUCGCCAGCGGCCUGCCCGCCUUCAACGAGAGUCUGGGUCUGUACCAGUGGAGCGAGGCGGUGAUCAGGAGGGUCAGCCGGCUGUGGGACAUCAGAGGAGGAGUGAUGGUCCGACACCAAGUCCACGUCCUGGUCACACCCCGUGUCGUGGAGGAGGCUCGGAGACAUUUUAACUGUCCCAUCCUGGAAGGAAUGGAGCUGGAGAACCAGGGAGGGACGGGAACCGAACUCAACCACUGGGAGAAGAGACUGCUGGAGAACGAGGCGAUGACGGGCUCCCACACGCAGAACCGCGUGUUCUCCCGCCUGACGCUGGCCAUCAUGGAGGACAGCGGCUGGUACCGUGCCAACUACAGCCUGGCCCAGCGGCUGGACUGGGGCCGGGGCCUCGGCUGCGACUUUGUCAUGAAGAGCUGCAAGUUCUGGAUGGACAGACAGAGACAGAGGCGACACGCAGUGACUCCGUACUGCGACACAGUGAGAGCCUCUCCUCUGCACCUGACCUGCAGGCAGGACCAGCUGGCCGUGGCCGUCUGCAACCUGCAGAAGUAUCCGCAGCAGCUGCCACUGGAGUACCAGUACUUUGACCAGAUUCCAGACGUGGCUGCAGAUCAGCUGUCGUCCUACGGGGGCGCUGUGGAGAUCGCUGACUUCUGUCCCUUCAGCCAGGAGUUCAGCUGGCACCUGAGUGGAGAAUAUCAGAGGAACUCGUACUGCAGAGUGGCAGAGAACCAGCCAGACUGGUGGAGGAACUACGGGGCGGAGCAGUACGGUCCAGACUCGGUGUGUGUGUAUCAGAAGUCGGCCUUCGUCAUGGAGCAGUGCACCAGGAAGAUGACCUACCCUGACUGGGGCUCCGGCUGCUACAAGGCGUCGUGCUCGCCUCAGGGCCUGACGGUGUACGUUCAGGAUCGCUCGUUCCUGUGCGUCCGUAAAGGCCAGCUGCUGAGCGUGAGCGUCCGGGUCAACGACUGGGUUUACAACGGCGUCCUGAUCUGCCCCGCCUGCACCGACUUCUGCCCCGACUGCCCGCUGCCGCACCAGCUCCCGCCCGCCAACAACUCCAGGAGCAACCCCAUCGACCCGUGCUCCAGCUCUCCAGGUCUGGCCACCACUCUGUGGCUCCUGCUGCUCAACCUGCUCCCCCUAGUGACUGGAAUACUGCUCUGCCACUGCAGCUGAUGAAACACACGCACACACACACACACACGCACACAGAAGUAGUGUGGAGCCAUAUAGGAAAAGACAGACAUUUGACUGACUCUCCUGACUUUAAAACUCUAAUCUGUAGUCCAGCGUCAGUGUUGGUUUGGGCUCUCCUCCCUCACUACCUUCCUUUUCUCCUUUGAUUCUUCCUUCCCUCUCUCCUCGAGCCCAAAAAAGCUUGCUCCCCUUUUUUUUCUGUACCUCAUUCCUUUUUUUAUUUUACUUCCUUCACUCUUUCAUUUUCCUCUUAAACUCCUGUCUUGCGUAAUUCCUUCCUCAGGACCUUUGCAGCCUCUCAUUCCUCUUCGUCUUCCAUCAGUUCAUCCAUUUCCCCUCAGAGACUUUCCUCAUUUUCUCACCGCUGUCAGGGAUCUUUCUACUAAAACUCCUUCAUUCAGUCAGCGCAGUGGGACGUUGGCCGGCUGGACCACGUAAGAGCAGAUCAGGUGGAUCUCUUCGCGGCAUCGCAGGCGGACCGCGCCUCAUCGGCCUUCUGUGGACGUUAAAAGGACCUCGGCAGUGAUCCAGACACACAUCACACGGCUCUGUGGGAAAAGAAAAGACGUCUCUCAACAGAUGCAGUUUCCUGAUGUUCUGUUGAUCCAGUUGGGGGAUUUUUUUUUUUUUUGCGAUCUGCACCGAUCAGCAGGAGGUGAAAGCGAAUGGCCAGUAGCAGCUCCUUUUGAUUUUGGUAUCACGCUCAAAAACACUAAAGCAUCACGGGACGGUCCCGUCACAAGGUGUUCUUCAUUCCAGUGACCCCCUGCCAUCUGCACCUGAUCCUGAAUAACAGCCAGGAAGAACAGGAAAGAGGCGCCGCCAUGUGGCCGCUGACAGGAACUGUAACUCCUGGUGCUUAUCUGCUUUGAGAAUGGUUAUGAUGGUUUAGUUUUUUUUUGUACUUGUGAUUGGGGAAAGGGCGAGAGAGAGUGAGAGAGAGAGAGAGAGAGGGAGGGAGUGAGGAAGGGUCUGCAUGUUCCCGCAUUAAAGCUGCACUGAGCAACUUCACAUGUUGGCGGCCCCUGGUGGCAGCCGGAGGUAAUUCAGUUUUUGAAAGCUUGAAGGAUUUCACUACCGAAAAAAAAACACGUCACUUACUGUCGGCCAACUGCUAACCGUGCUCGAAGGCUUUCUCCUCUGUGGAGCAGAGACGCCUGGAAGAAGGUCCCCAGUUAUUAGAAUGAGACCGAGCCAUCAUCUUCUCGUUGGUCGAUCGAGUUCUCCAUUUCAAUUUGAAAAGGAAAGCGCAACUUCCUGACUGUCCCAAUGUUUUUGUAUGAGUCUCAUACCGUGUUUCCGUAUUUCACUGACAACUUGUUUUGUCCUCAGCGGAAACAGAAGUUACACAAAUUCUUUCCAUCCAGUAAAACCAAAAGUCUGAAAAGUCAGGGGAGCUUCAUCAAGGCUGGUCAUCUGCCGAAUCCUCGGGUUUGAAUGUUUUUCUUUUUCCUGCACGGUGGAUUUCCCACCCCUGACCACACCGGCUGUUUAAAUCAGGCCAAUAGAGCAGAGCCGCUGUCUCAGUUAUUGGGGAUACGACACUACUUGCUAAAACACCACUUGGUAUCAGUGCAUUUUUACAUUAAAAAAAAAUCACCUGGUGCAGCUUUAAUGCAACAUCAACCCUCACUGUACUUCCCGACUUACAACAUUUGUUUUUUGUUUUUUUUGGUGAGGGUCAAAGGUCAUAGCUCACACUGUCUUCCCACCACAGAGCUAAUCAGCGUGUUCGUGGUGGAGGACCAGACGUCAGAUCAGGUGAUGGUGGACAAACGGACGCUGUCACAAGAGGAAGAAAAAGCCAUCAACCUGGCGAGGUGCCAGCUAGCUGUCAAUCAAUAUACGCUGUUAAGUUUUCCUGCUAGCCGCCGACGAAAACCUGAACAAGCCAUACUUCAACGAUUAUGAUGAUGACGAAGGUGGGGUCUAGAUGGUAACCCUAGAUUUGCCAAACUCUCGCAGUUGAGCAGCCGCCUCCAGCCCACAUUCGUCAAACUCGCAUAAUUUUGGAGACACAAAAGGUUUUACCGAAAUCCUUUAUUUUCCCCCCAAAAUGAAAAGCAAACGGAUACAAAUGUAAGUCUAGCUUUGUUAUAGUUUUAUUCAUUUGAAUUUAGAAUAAGUGCAAAAUAAAAAAAAAAAAAUCAUCUCAUUAGCCUCUAAGCUAACUACCAAAACUCAAAAUAAAAUAGUGAUUUAAAAUGAAGAUUAUAAACCUUUAAAUUUUGUUUUCAUAUAUUUUUUUUUAAUGUUCAACAAGCCAUCGAGCAUCUAGGUUUAACGGCUAAUGCACAGGGUUAAACCGCACCAGGACGCCCCGAAGCUGCAAGAAGGAACCCCCGUUACCGUCCAUCAGAGAGUUAGGUCGAGCCGUCUCUCCUCUAGUCCACAUCUGCGUAGACUGCGCCCCCUAGAGGAGACGGACUGUGAACUGGGACCAACGCCUGACUGCACCGGCGCCAACUCAUGACAUAAAUACAUAAAAACAAUAAUUCAGAUUUGGCCGCAUUAACAACACGUGCUGUGUGAGUUCAGAGAUCCAUUAUUUCCCAUUGAAUCGUAGUACUAUCAGAUUUUUAGAUCUGAAACAGCAUUUUGAUAUGAAAAUCAAAAUUCUGGCAUGACGAUGAUGAUGACACGAGAUGGUGCUGUGUUAACCUCCCACCAGACUAAUGAACCAUUAAUGUAAUGACAGCAUGCACUGUGUAACGAAAUAAUCCAGUUAACGUAAUACAUUUCCUGCACUGGAUUAGUGCGUUACUCAGUGCUUGUUGUUCUCCCAUUAAAGGUUUGUUAUGGAGCUGGGAGGUUCCCACUCUGACGGCUGGAGCUCCAGAGUCGUGGCGGCGGCGGCGGUUCGGCUCACAUUCUUCACCGCAGCGCACGUCGUCCUCUUCCUCUUCCAGUGGUGCUUCAUUAGUGGUGUAUUAUUAUUUAACAGAAUUUUUAUUCAUGUUUUAUCAGAGGCUGAUGUGUGUAAGACAGAUGUUUCUUUGAUCUUUUCUGAUUUUUGUGAGGAUCUUUGCGUCGGUGACUUCUGAGCACUCCUUUGACUCGCUCCUCGGGAACAUGAAGCAGACUCACCUGUCACCUCGGACGCUGUGCAUUGCAUUAUGGGUUGACUGCGGUUCCUCGGCACGCUCAACCCAGGAGCCCCUGCUGCAGUAAAAUGCUGUUCCGGUCAUUUGGUGACCACAUUUAGGCAGAUUCAGUCUGAGUGCGUGGUUUCUGCAGACUGUGAAGUAAAAAACGAAAUGAAGUGCAGUGGAGCAGCAGCCGUUGUUUGUUGUGCAGCUGAGGCAGAGCGUUGUCAAGUGACGUUUGAUGUGUUUGUUGUUGGUUUAUUUAUUCCAGUGACUGUAAUAUGACAAACCCAAAUCUCAUGCUCUUGUGGAGUUUUUAUUUAUUUUUUUUUUUUUGGUAGCGUUUUUCAGCUGCAGCUGUUGAAGGGUUUCAUUCCAAAGCGCUGUCGUGUGCAGCUCCUCUGAGCUGUAAUGAAACCCACAGGAUCCUCCUGUCAGGGGAACAUGGCCGCCGUCUGGUCUGUGAACACACAGGCUGACUUCUCUUUAGCUUUUUCUCAACAUGGAGGCAAAUCCAGAGUGGAGCUUCACCCCUGUGAUCCUUGUUGUUAGAACCAGGUCCUUCAAAUUCAAUGCAAACUCUCAUUGCACUGUCACAAAGGCAUUAAACACCUAAUCCUAACCCUAACCCAAACAAAAGGUUUCACCAGUUUAUAUGAUGCAGGUCAUGUGUACCUUUUCCUGUUUGACCUCACAGUGGAACAGGCUCAUUUAUUCACGGCUCAGUAGCUGGACAACACCACGGCCUCGCUCUGCGUCCCUGUCGCUGAGCCUUCACUGCGUUUGGGGUGAAACUCUUCGUUUUCCGUCUUUGGUGGCAUCAAGUUCACAUGUUCAUUCACAUGCAAGUGCAGCUAAACGGUUCCGGUAGUGGUUUUAUUUUUAUUUUUUUUACUGCAACACUUUUCUGCUCCUCUGUCCAGUGUUUGCACUAAACCGACAGAACUGGCCUUAAUGUUUCCGGAGGUUUCUGUUUGGCUGAGAGCUGGGAUCCAGUGACGUGACUGAACGCCAGAGCUUUUUUUAUUUUUCUGUUUUUGUUUUAUUGAAACACAAACUGCUGGUUUAUGUUGUAGGAGAGAAGUUGUCAGGUUUCUAGCAUGUGUGAGUUUUCUCCUGACUCACCAUGUUUUACAUUUUCUUGUCAUAUUUUUUUCUUUUUUUCUUUUUAAAGCUGUUAUUUUGUGACCAAGCAUGUACCAGUGACUGUAGAUGAUGUCAUGAAAUGAUCUGCACUUUGAGGUUGUUGUUGGGGAGUUGGGAACAAAAAUGUUAUUUUACAAUCUGUAUUCUGAGGUUCCCAGCUGGACAAAUGGAAUUAUUUUUGUUAUUAUUAUUGUUAUUAUUAAUAUUGUUAUUGCAUUGUUGCGUUCCUGUUUGAAAGCGUUGUCCUGUUCUUGUGGAUGCACUGUAGAUCUGCGUGUUCUUGCCGUUUUGUCAUGUGCUGUAGACCCCAACCUGCUUCCUCUUUUCACUCUGUUAAAGGGCAAUUCCACCAAAACUGACUGUUAGCUUGAUACUCACAGACAGGAGACUCGGCAUUUUUAUUUAUGCUGUAAUUUUAAAUGCUGAGUUUGAAUGCAGGGAAACAACUUCUAAUGUGUUUGAUGUCGAGAUUGCAUUUUGCUUCAUCUUAAGAAAAAAAAAAAGAGAGGGCCACGCAGAUGCUAAGUAAACACCCAGGGGUCUGUCUUGGUGGGAUUGUGAGUCAUGUGUAAAUGUUUUCGGAGACCAAAGAUAUUUCGGUGCAGAGAUAUCGGAGGGUUUCCGGUUCUGUCCCGCAGCGCAGAGGCCGUUCACCAACACGACCCACUCAUCCGACAAAACACCCGCACCCGUCUGUGUCGUCUUUUAUUUUAUUUUUUUAGAAAAAGGGCUGCUUUUUAAGACAAAUCAAGGAAUCUAAAAGAAAUUUGUGUAUCAAAAUAAAUGCUGCCUGUAACCCA